CCCCGCCACCCCCAACCCCACCCGGCGGUCGUGGCCCGGGAUGCGGAGCCGGGGGCCGCCGGUGGAGCUGCGCGGGGUGAGAGGCGUGGGGAAGGGGGCUGCCUGCUUCCCUCACCCUCGUCCCCCACCGGCGGGCCCCGGCAGGAAUUGGGGACCUGCGCGGCCAGGACCUCUUAGCGCCCUGAUAUUUGGGGGAGACAGGGCCACCCUACCCGCACCCCACCCCGCCUGGGCAGCUGAAUCAGAGGGGACGACCCUGCCCUUUUAAGGAGGCUUUUUCUUGCUCCUACGGAGGAUCCCCAGCCCCCAGCCAUGGCCACCAGGAGCCUCCUAGAACCCGCAGGGACUGCCCCCCAUCUUGGCCGCCGGGGCCCGCCCUCUGCAUCCCGCGGGCAGCCUGUGUGAAGCGGCCUCCCGCAGCCCCCGGCCCCUCCCCCAUGGAGGAGGAGGAGGGGGUGACGGCCAAGGAGUGGGGCACGACCCCCACGGGGCCCGUCUGGACCGCGGUGUUCGACUACGAGGCGGCGGGCGAUGAGGAGCUGACCCUGCGGAGGGGCGACCGCGUCCAGGUGCUUUCCCAGGACUGUGCGGUGUCGGGCGACGAGGGCUGGUGGACCGGGCAGCUACCCAGCGGCCGAGUGGGCGUUUUCCCCAGCAACUACGUGGCCCCUGGCGCCCCCGCCGCGCCCGCGGGCCUCCAGCUGCCCCAGGAGAUCCCCUUCCACGAGCUGCAGCUAGAGGAGAUCAUCGGUGUAGGGGGCUUUGGCAAGGUCUACCGGGCCCUAUGGCGCGGCGAGGAAGUGGCUGUCAAGGCCGCCCGGCUGGACCCUGAGCGGGACCCGGCAGUGACAGCAGAGCAGGUGCGCCAGGAAGCCAGGCUCUUCGGAGCCCUGAAGCACCCCAACAUCAUUGCCCUCAGAGGCGCCUGCCUCAGCCCCCCACACCUCUGCCUGGUGAUGGAGUAUGCCAGGGGGGGCGCACUGAGCAGGGUGCUGGCAGGCCGCCGGGUGCCCCCUCAUGUACUGGUCAACUGGGCUGUGCAGGUGGCCCGGGGCAUGAACUACCUACACAAUGAUGCCCCUGUGCCCAUCAUCCACCGGGACCUCAAGUCCAUCAACAUCCUUAUUCUGGAGGCCAUUGAGAACCACAACCUCGCAGACACGGUGCUCAAGAUCACAGACUUUGGCCUCGCCCGCGAGUGGCACAAGACCACCAAGAUGAGCGCUGCCGGGACUUAUGCCUGGAUGGCUCCGGAGGUUAUCCGUCUCUCCCUCUUCUCCAAAAGCAGUGACGUCUGGAGCUUCGGGGUGCUGCUUUGGGAGCUGCUGACGGGUGAGGUCCCCUACCGUGAAAUCGACGCCUUGGCCGUGGCAUAUGGCGUGGCUAUGAACAAGCUGACGCUGCCCAUCCCCUCCACGUGCCCCGAGCCCUUUGCCCGCCUACUGGAGGAAUGCUGGGACCCAGACCCCCACGGGCGGCCAGAUUUCGGCAGCAUCUUGAAGCAGCUCGAAGUCAUCGAACAGUCAGCCCUGUUCCAGAUGCCCCUGGAGUCCUUCCACUCGCUGCAGGAGGACUGGAAGCUGGAAAUUCAGCACAUGUUCGACGACCUCCGGACCAAAGAGAAGGAGCUCCGGAGCCGCGAGGAGGAGCUGCUGCGGGCGGCCCAGGAGCAGCGUUUCCAGGAGGAGCAGCUGCGGCGGCGGGAGCAGGAGCUGGCCGAGCGCGAGAUGGACAUCGUGGAGCGGGAGCUGCACCUGCUCAUGUGCCAGCUGAGCCAGGAGAAGCCCAGGGUCCGCAAACGCAAGGGCAACUUCAAGCGCAGCCGCCUGCUCAAGCUGCGGGAAGGCGGCAGCCACAUCAGCCUGCCCUCCGGCUUCGAGCACAAGAUCACAGUCCAGGCCUCUCCAACCCUCGACAAACGGAAAGGAUCCGAUGGGGCCAGCCCCCCCUCGAGCCCCAGCAUCAUCCCUCGGCUGAGGGCCAUUCGCCUGACUCCUGUGGACGGCGGUGGCGGCAGCGGUGGUGGCGGUGGUGGCGGCGGUGGCGGCAGCGGGACAUGGGGCCGCAGCGGGCCCCCAAAGAAGGAAGAACUGGUUGGAGGCAAGAAGAAGGGCCGGACCUGGGGCCCCAGCUCCACCCUGCAGAAGGAGCGGGCUGGAGGGGAGGAGAGGCUGAAGGCCCUGGGGGAAGGAAGCAAACAGUGGUCAUCCAGUGCGCCCAACCUGGGCAAAUCCCCCAAACACACACCGAUCGCCCCCGGCUUCGCCAGCCUCAAUGAGAUGGAGGAGUUCGCGGAGGCGGACGGAGGCGGCAGCGUGCCUCCCUCCCCCUACACCACCCCGUCCUACCUCAGCGUGCCGCUGCCGGCCGAGCCCUCCCCCCUCCCCCGGCCCGGGCCCGGCGGCCGGCGGCGCUCCCACGUCACGCCCGCGCGCGCGGUGAGCCGCGGGCACCGGCGGACGCCGUCCGACGGGGCGCUGGGGCAGCGGGGGGCGCCUGAGCCCUCGGCUCCCCGCCCUGGCCCUCGAGACCCCCUGGACUUCCCCCGCCUGCCCGACCCCCAGACCUUGUUCCCGACCCACCGCCGGCCCCCCGAGUUCCCGGGCCGCCCUACCACCCUGACCUUCGCCCCAAGACCCCGGCCGGCUGCCAGCCGCCCCCGCCUGGACCCCUGGAAACUGGUCUCCUUUGGCCGGACACUCAGCAUCUCGCCUCCCAGCCGGCCAGACACCCCCGAGAGCCCCGGGCCCCCCGGCAUGCAGCCCACGCUGCUGGACAUGGACAUGGAGGGGCAGAGCCAGGACAGCACAGUGCCCCUGUGUGGGGCCCACGGCGCCCGCUGAGGCCUGCCCGCCACCGCCCGCCUGGGCAGCCAUGAAUGUAGCGCCCCAGGCCCCGCCCCAGCCUGCCGUGCCACAAGGCAGGGGAGGCCCUGGGCAGGAUACUCUAUUUAUUGGGGAAGGAGGGAGGGGGUCACUUAAUUUAUUCCUUUGUACCCCAGAGGGUGGGGCCCUGUGGCCACCCUGCAGUGAGGGGGGAGGGUGGGCAGGGAUACUCAGGGACAGGGCACAUCGUAGGGAUUUGGCACAAAAUGCAGCAUUAAAGGUAACCCCUGCCCCCUA